AUGAGGAAGUUUUGUAGAUGUUCAAGAUGCCCAGACAUUGAACUAACUGAAUUAAAGCACUGUCGGUUCACGACUCUUCCCUGGUGGAUACGGAAGUGGCCAGCCACCAGUGGCGCUGCAGUGUUGGAGGUGGAUAUUCCGACCGGAUACAGUCUGGUGGAGUCGGAGGCAGAGCGGCUGUCUAAGAGUGGGGUGCAUCCCUCCCUGAGAGACGCAAAAAUUGUCGACGGAAAGACUGUGUGGUUUUUCGAUCAUGUGGAUAGGAGAAUGAGAUGCUUCAACCAUACCGUUAGACGCUGGUUUCCUGUAGCCAAUAUGACGCUACAUCGCCAGGCUAUCAUCUAUGAAAUAACGGCAAGAGAAACAUUCGAGCAAAUUCUCGUCAACUCGACACCGCUGUACAUUCUGAACAUAUGUGAGGUGUGUGGGUCCUACCAGUGUCCCUACUGCCCUUACUACAACAAAUCCACGCUUCCAGCCCCACAAUUAGCCAUCAUUCUGGCAGCAAUGGUGCGGCAAAUCUGUUGCUUUUUCAUGACUGAUAAUAAAUACAUAAUUCUAUGA